UCUCUCUAUAUCACACACACAUUACGAGACGACUCUUCGGAAUCGCCUGUUGCAGAUUCCUUCAUUUUCUCUCUGUGCAAGAGUGUAGUUUCAGACCCAGAAAGAGACUAAUUCGUACAUUGGCUGUGGAUUUGAAAAAGAAGUGAGGUGGAAACUUGUUUUUUAGGAAGGAUCAAUGAAAACAAAUGAGACUCACAUCACAUGAAUUUUUCCUUUCGACUACUCUUCUAGAUCACGGGGUGCCCUGUUUCAUUUUCGCACCCAGAAGACCAGAGAACACGAGGGUUUGGAAAGCUGCAGUACGUAGCCACCGUUUCCAUUUACCAUUUGUGUUUCAUUGGGUUUCAGGGGACGGACCUUUUCCAUUUACCAUUUGUGUUUCAUUGGGUUUCAGGGGACGGAGGUUCUCGAGGUGUGUUUUUCAUGAAAACUUAGCUCGCUCCAAGGAGAGAAGGAAUUUCUGUUCUUUGAUGACAAAAUGAAGGGUUGAAGGAAACUAACAAGUGGGUCUUCACAGUUUAGUAGUUUCAAGUGCAGAUAGGUUUAUUGCUUUUCUUCCCUGAGAGUGACGGUGGAUUUCGAGGGAAGCAACCGUCGCGAACAGAAUUUAAAGCGGCAGUUACGCGGGAGUUUCGAUAAGGGACUUAGUUUCUUGAAGUGGGCUUCUGCGAGUGGAAGAGCGAAAUGGGUUGUUCGAGCUCUAGAAGCGAUAGGAACGAAGCUCUACGACUCUGUAAGGAGCGGAAGAAAUUUAUUGAGCAAGCAAUCGAUUCUAGGUACGCUCUUGCAGCUGCUCACCUCUGUUAUGUUCAAUCUUUCCGAAACAUUGGUACUGCGCUUCGGCGAUUUGCAGAGGCCGAGGUCUUGACGGAAUCAUCCCUCUCUAAUUCUGCAACUGAACUUGAUAAAACCCCUUCUCACUCCUCUUACCCAUCUCCAUCCCCUUCCCACAUUGCUGAGACUCUGGAUUCACCAUUGCACAACGAAAGUCCCAUUUCAUCUCCACUCCCAAACUUUAGUUACAUGAGAUUGGGAGGAACUGCUGCGGUGACUGUUAGUAUUGAUUCAUCUUUGGAUGGUUUCGUGGAGGAUGAGUUCCUGAACUUCCCCCCACCCCCACCUCCCCCUCCACCUGGGGCCGGAUUUUCGUGGGACUAUUUUGAUCCUGCUGAUGAAACAGAACGCUUCAGAUUUUAUGGUGGGAAGGGAUUUGAUAGGAAUAUGUCGGAGUUGAGACAGUUCAGAGAAGAAGUUGUUCCUUUUAUCGAUGGGGCAGGGGAGCAAUUGGAGAAGACUGAUCCAAACUGGAACGGUGAAAUCCUUACAAGAUCUGAACGGAGGCCUGCAACUUCUGGGGAUUCAGCUGCUCGAUCAGGAAGUAAAGCUAGCAGCCAAUUGGUGAUGCCAAAUGCAGAUUCUUUCAGUGAUAUUACCUCAGAAGCACAACCGGUUGAUGAUGGAAAACUGCUGCAGUCCAGUCUUAAUUGCAAAGGUUUGGCUGAAGCUUUGGUUGGCAAUGUUGUUCUGGAGCAAUCAAAUUCUGGGAAAGAGAGGACAGAGCUAGAGAAAGAGCUAUCUGCUGAUAGGGAGGAUCCUUCUGAGUUCAUCACCCACAGGGCUAAAGAUUUUUUGUCAAGCAUGAAGGAUAUCGAGCAUCGUUUCUUUAGAGCAUCCGAAUCUGGCAAGGAGGUCUCUAGAAUGCUUGAAGCAAAUAAAAUCCGUCUCAACUGUACUCAGACCAAAGGGAGUUCACCUAACUCUGUACUUGUGUCAGCCUGUGAUCUAGUCUGUUGCCAGCGUCAAAACACACUUCUUACUGAUGAUACUCCACAACAUACGACAAAACUUAUUGCUUGGAACCGGUCAACAUCUUUUCAAUCAUCUUCAUCUAGGAAUCGUCUUGCAACGGCUUCAAAAGAUGAAAUUGACGACAGUGGGAGUGAAUUUAUUGAAGAGUUUUGCAUGAUCUCAGGGAGCCAUUCAUCCACCUUGGACCGAUUGUAUGCAUGGGAGAGGAAACUCUAUGAUGAAGUUAAGGCUGGUGAGUCCAUCAAGAAAGUGUAUGAUCAGAAGUGUGACCAGCUGAGGCACCAAUUUGCUAGGGAUCUAAGCCCCAGAGUGGUUGACAAGACUCGGGCAGUUGUGAAGGAUCUCCAUUCACGAAUAACAGUGGCUAUUCAUGCGGUUGAUUCAAUAGCAAAACGAAUUGAAAAACUAAGGGAUGAAGAGUUGCAACCACAGCUCGUGGAGCUGAUACAGGGAUUGAUUCGGAUGUGGAAGGCAAUGCUUGCAUGCCAUCAUGCACAAUAUAUCACAAUUUCACUUGCCUACCAUUCAAAGAGCUCAACAUCAGGACCUGGUCAGGGUGAUUCUCACAGGCAGGUGUUGGCUCAUCUCCAGCAUGAGAUUGAAUGCUUUGGCUCAAGCUUCAGAGACUGGAUUGAAGCUCACAGAUCUUAUGUAGAAGCUCUCAAUGGCUGGCUCCAAUAUUGUAUUUUACCACCUAAAGAGCGCUCUAAGGGAAGUAGAGUCUUCUGCCCUCGCCGGGCUCUGGCCCCACCUAUUUUUGUUCUGUGCCUUGACUGGUCAGCUGGAAUCAGAGCCCUGCCCUCAGGAGAGCUCACCGAUGCCAUCAAAGCCUUAGCAUCUGAUGUGAGCAAAUCAAUGGAGCAGCAGGCAGAGGAUCAACAAAAGAAACAAGGAUCCCCAGAUUCAGAUGACGGUGGAGGAUCAGAAAAUAGAGAGAAUGAGAGGCAUGAAAAUACGUCAAACUUGGGCAGCAUACACUCAGGUUUGAUUAAGGCCUUUGACCGGCUGACCAAGUUUGCAGAGGCUUCCUUAAAAAUGUAUGAAGACAUUCGACAGGGAAGUGAGGCAGCUAGGAUUGCAUAUACAAGUUGCAGAACUACUAGUUUGUGAGGAAGGGUGUUUCAAUUAAAUUAUAGGUGCAAAAAACUUCAGACAACUUAUUGAAUAAACUCGCUUGCUGGUUACUUGGUUUUGUGUUCCUUAAAAUGAGAUUCAGUGUAGAUAAAAAGAAAUAUUUUUUUGGUAGGACCAUCGGAAUCUGUAAAAAUUUAUGAUUAAUGAAGCUCAAUGUUUUUUUUUUU